AUGCCAGAGAGAUGUUCACAAGUGUUGAUGUCAGUUGACCUGGAUCAGUGCAUGAUUCCAGAAUAUGGAGAAAUUCACACUAGAUCACAACUAAUAAAUAAAGCAAAUGUUGUACUACUUGGCGAUGACGGUUAUGGUAUUGAGCCAUGCCUUAUGACUCCCUUCAGAAAUCCUACUCCAGGUGCAGAAAUAAAUUAUAAUAAGCUUUUAAAACAAGAAAGAGUUAUAAUUGAACGCUGUUUCGGCCAACUGAAAUGCCGGUUUCCUAUCCUACAGUAUGUUUGCCGCGCAAAGUGGGAAAAUGUACCGAAAAUAAGUAUUGCUUGUAUUGUACUCCAUAAUGCUGUGAAGAGCUUGGGCGAUCCUGACUUUGAACUAAGUAGUUGA